UGUGAGGGAAGAGCGAGAAUUUCCGUCCCCUGCAGCCGCUCCUUUGGAUCCGGAGGGCGGUGCAAGAGCUCAACAGCUGCGCUGCAGGAAACGUUGCACGUCCUUUGACACGCAGCACACUGACUCAUUGCUGCUUGCGGAGCCAUUUGGCUCAAGAGGAAGCUUGUGACAACUGGAAGAUGAAAACUGGGGGGGAACCCAGCAGAGGAUUGUUAGGAGGUGACAGAUGGAAAAAGAGAAACCAGAAGAGACUGAAACCUGGAGCAGAAGGGAAGAGCAGGAGUGGAUCACCUGCUUCUCAGCAUGAAAUCCAAGACGUAAUGAAUCAAGAAAGAGAGAAAAGCCUGUGCUCUUCUCAUAGGAAAGGCUUUAGUCCUGAGCCAAGCUUUGAACCUCAGUGGGAAAUGCACACAGAGAAGAAAAUAUGUGAGAGUUUCGGGUGUGGAAAUGACUUCAGCAGGGGUGGAGCUCUUACUCUGAAUCAUAGAACCUGCACUGAGGAGAAAAAACAUAUAUGCUCUGUGUGUGGAAAGAGCUUCAGUGAGCGUGGAGAUCUUACAUUACACCAAAGAAUCCACAAUAGAGAGAAACCACACAAAUGUCUGGAGUGUGGAAAGAGCUUCAGCAAUAAUAGAGAUCUUACUGUACACCAUAGAAGCCACACUGGGGAGAAACCAUAUGAAUGCUUAGAGUGUGGGAAGCGCUUCAGCAGUAGUGGACAACUUACUGUACACUAUAGAACCCACACUGGGGAGAAACCAUACGAAUGCUCGGAGUGUGGAAAGAAGUUCAGCCGGAGUGGAGAUCUUACAUUACAUCAUAGAAGCCACACUGGGGAGAAACCAUAUGAAUGUUUUGAGUGUGGAAAGAGGUUCCGUAGUAGUAAACAAUUUACUGUACACCAUAGAAGCCACACUGGGGAGAAACCACACGAAUGCUUCGUGUGUGGGAAGAGCUUCAGCAGAAAUAAACAACUUACUGUACACCAUAGAAGCCACACUGGGGAAAAACCAUAUGAAUGCAUGGAGUGUGGAAGGAAGUUCAGCCGGAGUGGAGAUCUUACAUUACACCAUAGAGGCCACACUGGGGAGAAACCAUAUGAAUGUUUUGAGUGUGGAAAGAGGUUCAGCCAGAGUGGAUAUCUUACAUUACACCAUAGAAGCCACACUGGGGAGAAACCAUAUGAAUGCAUGGAGUGUGGAAAGAGAUUCAGCCAGAGCGGACAUCUUGCAUUACACCAUAGAACCCACACUGGGGAGAAACCAUAUGAAUGCUUGGAGUGUGGAAAGAGGUUCAGCAGUAAUAGAGCUCUUACAGUACACCAUAGAACCCACACUGGGGAGAAACCAUAUGAAUGCUUGGAGUGUGGAAAGAGGUUCAGCCAGAGUGGACAUCUUACAUUACACCAUAAAAGCCACACUGGGGAGAAACCAUAUGAAUGCUUGGAGUGUGGGAAGAGGUUCAGCCGGAGUGCACAUCUUACUGUACACCAUAGAAGCCACACUGGAGAGAAACCGCACAGAUGUCAUGAAUGUGGGAAGAGCUUCAGCCAGAGUGGAAAUCUUAAACAACAUCAUAGAACCCACACUGUGUAGAAACCAUAUGAAUGCUUGGAGUGUGGAAAAAGGUUCAGCCAGAGUGGACAGCUUAAACAACAUCAUAGAAACCAAACUCAUUCCCUGAAAUUCCUAAUGAGAACAUUAGGAAACUACUUGGAGAGGAACUUGCAUCACUUUUGGGAAUUACGGCUGAUGAGAUGGAUGCCCAGAUUGAGACAGUCUUUCGUGUAAACUUGGAUUUUGCAACAAGAAAUAAAUUAAUUAAAGACUGCAUAGUACAUUUUUCCACCAAAUCAAUAGCAGAGCGAAUCAUUCAGGCUCACUUUACUACAACCUUAACAAUUCAAACUCAUCAGAUAAAGAUUUUGAAAGAGAUUCCAGCCAGAAUUUUAAGAAAACUUAAGGAUUACAAAUUUUUGGUUGAUGCAUUAAAUGCUAAAGGAAUACGUUUUAGAUGGGAAUUACCAGAGGGAAUCUCCUUCUUCUACAAGAGUAAGAGGAAUAGAUUCACUGAGCUCCUUAAAGCACAAGAAUUCUGGCGGAAAUACAAAAAAGACUUAUCUUCUGAACAUCCUGCUUCAUAAAUAUAUAACUUAAGUCACUCUAUAUGGAUUAUAAACGAUCUUACAGAUUUUUAUCUUGGAAUAUAAAUGGUCUGAAUUCAAAAAUUAAGAGAAACAGGGUUUUCCAUUUUCUUAAGAAACAAAAUUUGGAUAUAGUGUGUUUACAAGGGACUCAUAUUAGAAAACAUGAUCGAAAAUUUUUGGUAAAUAAAGCCUUGGGACAAGAAUUUGUUUCUUCAGAUAAGAAAAAAAAAAGAGGAGUAGUAUUUUAUGUCAAACAACAAUUUGAACCUAAAUUGAUCUUUAAAGAUGAAGAAGGUAGGGUAUUAGCAUUGGAAGUUUUAAUAUCUGGAGUUAAGACAGUGAUAAUUGGAAUCUAUGCCCCUAACGAAAGGAAAGUUGAAUUUUAUAACUAUUUGGAUCAAAAGAUGGCAGAUUUAUCAAAUGCUAAUUUGCUUUUAUUGGAAGAUUUUAAUGGAGUUGUCUCGACAGCUUUGAACAGAAAAUCUGAUUUAUCGGAAAAGAAUUUACAAGGUAAACUUCCUAAAGCAUUUUUUGAAUUAGUAGAUCAUAUGGAUCUUUAUGAUCUAUGGAGAAUUAAAAAUUCAAAUGCAAAAGCAUAUACCUACUUUUCGGAAAGAUAUCAGUCACAUUCCAGGAUAGAUAUGGUCUGGACAUCCCAAACCACUAUAACUCAUAUGAAAACAAUGGACAUUCUACCUAGGACAUUUUCAGAUCAUAAUCCGAUUUGUUUUGCAUGGAAGAAGUAAGGAGUGACUUCAUUUAGGUGGAGACUGAAUGAAUAUCUUUUGAAAAAACUAGAUGUGGUUGAGAAAGCCAAAAAGAAGUUAAAGGAUUAUUUUGAAUUGAAUUUAAAUCAAGGAUUGGAUAACAAAAUUGUUUGGGAUGCAAGCAAAGCGGUUAUGAGAGGUUUUUUCAUACAGCAAAAUGCAUAUUUUAAAAAACAAAGAGGAUUGAAAAGAGAGGUACUACUGAUGCAGAUUUCCAAAAAGGAAAGAGAAUUGAUAUGGACUAAAGAUAAGAAGAAGAUCUCUCAAGCUAUUAAGAUCUUACAACAACAACUCUCUAUGCUAAUAGCAAAUGAACUUGAGCAAAAUCUGAAGUAUAUCAAGCAAAGAUCAUUUGAAUUUGCAAAUAAACCAGGCAAGUUGCUAGCUUGGAAAAUUAGACUUGAGAGGAAGAAAAAUUUAUAUCUAAAAUAUUUACUAAAAAUGGGCUCUCUUAUAAUGGAAAGGAAAUAAGGAUGGAAUUUUUUAAAUAUUACUCAGAAUUAUAUAAAUGCAAAAUAGUAGAAGAUAAAAAAAUUAAGCAGUUUCUUAGAACUAAAAACAUUCCAAAACUUUCUCAUCAACAAAUAGAAAUUAUGAAUGCUCCAAUAACAGUUAUGGAAAUAAUAGAAGCAAUAAAUCAAGCUAAACCCAACAAGGCCCCUGGGCCAGACAGACUCUCAGCUUUGUAUUACAAGUUACUCAAAGAUCAAAUUUUACAACCUCUACAAUGGACUAUGAAUGACAUUUUACAAAAAGGGAUUAUGCCAGAUUCGUGGAAAUAUGCAAAUAUUACAAUAAUCCCAAAGCCAGAUCAAGACUUAACAUUAGUCAAAAAUUAUAGGCUAAUAUCACUUUUAAAUAAUGAUUAUAAACUCUUUGCUGCGGUUUUGGCAAGAAGACUGAAAGUGGUAUUACGAGACUUUAUUCAUGGGAUCAAGCUGGCUUUUUGCCAAAGAGACAACCGAGAGACAAUGUUAGAACAGUUUUGAAUGUAUUGGAGUAUUAUGAAAAACAUAAUGAUAAACAGAUGGCGAUGAUCUUUUUGGACGCAGAGAAAGCUUUUGACAAUAUUUCGUGGCAGUUCAUGUGGGGUUUAUUAGAGGAAAUAACUGCUGGUGAACAUUUCAUUAGAGCAAUUAAAACUAUCUACUCGGAACAAUAUGCCAAGAUUAUUGUAAAUGGAGAACUAUCAGACAAUUGUGUAAUACAAAAAGGGACUAGACAAGGUUGUCCACUUUCUCCAUUGCUUUUUAUAUUGGUUUUAUAAGUGCUUUGUAGAUCUAUUAGGGAAGAUGAUGAAUUACAUGGUCCCAAAAUCGGGAGACGAGAAUACAAAUUGAGAGCCUUUGCAGACGAUGUUGUGUUAUUUUUAGAGAUCCAAUGGAUAAGAUUGAAAGACUUUUGGACAAGAUGCAGCAAUUUGGCCAGUUGGCUGGAUUUUAUAUAAACAAAACUAAAACUAAGGUUCUGACUAAAAAUAUUGAUCAGAAAAUUAAAGACAGAUUUGGUGAAAUAAGUGAGUUAAAAAUGGAGAAGAAAGUGAAAUAUUUGGGAGUUUGGUUAACAAAUAAUAACUCUGUGCUGUUUUCAAAUAAUUAUGUUAAAACAUGCAACUCAAUGAAAAAAGAUUUGCAAAGAUGGUCUAAAAUGAAUUUAUCUUUGAUGGGAAGAAUUUCAGUGGUGAAGAUGAAUGUUUUGCUUAAAAUGUUAUUUCUUUUUCAGACUAUUCCUAUAAUUAAUAACUUGACUUGUUUUAGGCAAUGGCAGAAGGAUAUAACUAAAUUUGUUUGGCAGGGGGAAAGACCAAGAAUAAAUUUUAAGAAUCUAACAGAUGCAAAGGAAAGGGGUGGUCUUACCUUGCCAGAUUUAAGGUUGUAUUUUGAUGCUGUAUGUUUGACAUGGCUAAAGGAAUGGAUAACAUUGAGAAACCCUAGAGUCCUUGAUCUGGAGGGAUUUGAUAGAAGGUUUGGAUGGCAUGCUUAUCUAUGGUAUGAAAAAACUAAAGUACAUAAAGAUUUUUUGAAUCAUUAUGUAAGAAGGAGUUUAAUGAGGGUAUGGUUAAAAUAUAAAAAUUGGUUGGAACCAAAAACUCCGUUAUGGAUAUCCCCGAUUGAAGCUUUAUCACGUAAAGAAGCAAAUAUGCAGAUGUUUGGGGGUACGUAUAGAGAUCUGUUGUAUUUUCAUGGAAAGGAUUGUAAGUUAAAAUCUUUAACUGAAUUACAAAAUGUGGUCAGAGAUUGGUUUCAGUACUAUCAGUUAAAUGAGGUGUAUAAGAAAGACCUUAAAGUUGCAUUUGAAGAUCAGAUUUUGAAUUUUGAGAAGGAAUUAUGUCAAGAUGAUGAAAAAUUAAUUUCUAAAAUGUAUAAAUUAUUACUUUUGGAGGAGACUAGAGAGGAAUUGGUUAAAAAAACCAUGAUAAAAUGGGCUCAAGAUGUUGGACAUAAUAUAGAAAUGGCAGCGUGGGAGAAGCUAUGGAAAAGUGAUUUAAAAUUUACUGCUUGUUAUGCUUUGAAGGAAAAUUAUUACAAAAUGAUGUAUAGAUGGUAUUUAAUGCCUAAAAAACUGGCAUUAAUGUAUAAAAAUGUUUCAAACAAAUGUUGGAAGUGUGGGCAUACUGAAGGUACUUUUUUUCAUAUGUGGUGGACCUGUGGAAGGGUCAAGGCCUAUUGGGACAUGAUAUAUAAUGAAUUGAAGAAGAUACUUAAAGUGACAUUUCCUAAGAAGCCAGAAUCCUUCCUGCUAGGAAUAACACAAGGAGCAAUUUCUACAAAUAAUUUAACUUUUUUUAUGUAUGCUUCUACGGCGGCCAGAAUAUUAUAUGCACAGAAAUGGAAGACUAACGAACUGCCUUCAAAAGAAGAUUGGCUGAUAAAAACUUUAGAAUAUGCAGAAAUGGCAAAACUUACAACACUGAUCAGAGACCAAAGUUUAGAACGUUUCAAAGAAGAUUGGAAACCUUUUUUGGUUUAUUUAAAGAAUUAUUUUCCUGCUAUGGAUCUUACAGUAGGAUUUGAAAUUUGAAAUGCAGGUUGGGCAGAUUUAUGGUGGUGGAAGGUUUAAAUUUGUGUUUUUCUUUUUAAAUUAAUAUUACAAUAAGGGUAAAAUUUAUAGUUGGUAUCACGAAAGGAGGCACGUGGGAAGUCAACUUGUAAUUGUGUUUAUUAUGAUUGUUAUGGUUACUAUUAUUGUUAAAAGUUAAUAAAAAUUUGAAACAAAAACAAACAAAAAAAAGAAACCAAACUGGGGAGAAACCAUAUAAAUACUUUGAGAGUGCUAUGAGCUUCAGCUAGAGUGGAUAAAAAUCAAUGAUUUAAAAAUAAAUAAAAGAAAUUUGAUUUUAAAUUUAAACAAGAUUUUUUUAAAAAAAUUCUUUUUAGUGGAAAAAUCUAUCUCUAGAUAGUUUUCUAUAUUAUAUGUUAUAGUCCAAAGAUUAUUCAUCAUGAAAUAAGGAUUCAUUUUUAAUUAUGUAGCAUGAGUCUGUAUAUGUGCAAUGUUUACAUUUUUUGGUAAAUGAAUUCCUUAAUCCAUUCACAAUGUCAUGCUCUGUAGGAUUAUUUUGUGCAGUUUUUCUGUCUAGAAGAUAUCAACACAGAUCCUUGGUUUUGCAAUUCUCAAAACUGAUUUUGUGUCUGCAGAGAUAACAUGCCUCUUCUUCACAGCAAAAAUGUUAUAAAAUAAACAAAUACAGAGUUGAGAAAAAGACCUCAAUCCAAUUGUUCCUUUGCAAAUCUAUUUAAAUUGUUAUUAAAGUAACUGUGUAUACGGUA